AUGUUACGCUCCCUAAACGAAUUCCAAGUUCACGGUGUCAAAACCAACGUUCCGUUCCUCGUGAAUGUAUUAAAACACGAAACAUUCCUCAGCGGUGCAGCCGAUACGUAUUUCAUUGACGAGCACCCAGAAUUAUUUAACCUGCCUCCUCCACAGCGGCGGGCGCAAAAGUUACUGAACUAUAUAGGUAAUGUCUUAAUUAAUGGACCAUCAACUCUUCUGGCAACCGAUUUGAAGCCCAGUGAAAAUGAGGCAGCAGUUCCGAGUGUACCCCACGACGCCAGUCUUCCUCGAGGAUGGCGCGAUGUGUUCAAAGAAUCCGGUGCAACAGGAUUCGCCAAAGCUGUUCGGGCGCAUCCACAGCUGCUUAUCAUGGACACGACUAUGCGUGAUGCUCACCAAUCCCUUUUGGCCACUAGGGUACGAACGUACGAUUUGGCACGCAUUGCUCCAUUUGUUGCUCAUGAAAUGCCGCAAUUUUUCUCACUGGAGAACUGGGGAGGUGCCACUUUCGACGUUGCCAUGCGGUUUCUCCAUGAAUGCCCGUGGGAACGUCUGGAGGAAUUGAGGCGUCUCAUUCCAAACAUUCCUUUCCAAAUGUUGCUUCGUGGUGCCAGUGCCGUCGGUUACAAAAAUUAUCCAGACAAUGUGGUGUACAAAUUUUGCGAAUUGGCAUUCCAAGCUGGUGUGGACGUGUUCCGGGUGUUUGACAGUUUGAACUACAUGCCUAACCUCAUAGUUGGUAUGGAUGCUGCAGGAAAGGCCGGUGGUAUUGUGGAAGGUUCAUUUUGUUAUACCGGAGAUGUGGCCGAUCCAAACGAACAAAAAUACACUCUCAAAUACUAUUUGGAUCUAACAGAUCAGCUGGUUAAAGCAGGAACACAUGUUCUUGGCAUUAAAGAUAUGGCAGGUCUGCUGAAACCAGAGGCCGCCAAACUGUUGGUCACUGCUAUCCGGGAUAAAUAUCCGGAUUUACCAAUUCACCUGCACACACAUGACACCGCUGGGGCUGGUGUUGCGAGCAUGUUGGCUGCUGCUUGGGCUGGGGCUGAUGUGGUAGACGCCGCCGUGGACAGUAUGUCUGGUUUGACGAGUCAGCCUAGCCUGGGUGCUAUUGUGGCCGGACUGCAAAAUAGCAAACUGUGA